CACUCAAGGAAUGGUUAUAAGGCGUGUUUUUAUAGACUUACCGGAAACACUUGCAGUAUAAAUUACAGAAUACUUUCAUUUCUCAUUGCAUUAUCAUGACUAGCAAAGGGACAACACUCAAGGCAAAGACUUGUCCUAAGAGCAGAGAUGGCAUGGAAGACAUGAAAGCAGCAACUCUACCCAAAAGUCCAGGGAAAGACUUUUUGGAGGAGAGGCUAAAUGGUACAGCAAAGGAACAGAAACCAAGAGCGCGGGAAAAGGCAAACCAAUCUGAGGAGAAGCAAUCUGUACUGAGCCCACAAAAGGAAACCACCGAGCAUCAAAGGACAUGUGCUACCAAGGCUCCUGUGCAAGACACAAGACCAAAAGUGCGUGCUGGAAGUGUCAAAACAACACAACAAUCUGCUGAAGCACGAAAGAAGACUAAGCCAGAGGCACCAAAGGACAUCAAAGAUGAUAGGAUCAAGGUUACAACAGCAAAACCCUGUCUUGAAAAGGCAAAAUCGCUUCCACAACCUCCAGAGGAGAUGGCAAAGAUGCAACAAGAGGUACCAAAGGACAUCAAAAAUGAGUUGACAAAGGUUAGAAAAGCAAAAUCAUGUUCUAUAAAGGCAAAAUCACUUGAACUGCCACCAGAGGCACCAGAGGAUACCAAAAAUGCUGCAGUGGACUCCAUUCUCAACAAAACUCUGGAAAAACUGAAGAUUAAGAAGCAGGAGAGAUCAGAUGCAUCAGGAGUCGUUAAUACACUAGUAGAAAAUAUAAUUGCACACUUGAAACAGAACACAGUAUACUUCAAAGAAGUAGAGCAGCCACUGCGUACUGGGAGUUACUAUGAAAAUUUGAAGAUUGCCAAUCCUGAUGAAUUUGAUGUAAUGCUGCCCUUUCCUGUUGACCGAGUGAGCAUUGAACCAUUUGGAGAUGAUGGAGCAUUUUACAGUGUGGGCUUGAAGCGUGAAAAGAACCCUUUGCAGAAAUUUCAAGAGAAUGGCACUUUAUCUUCCAGCAUGAUGCUCAAGGAAUUCAGGGAAGAAGUGAAGAAAUGCGCAAAGAAAUAUCCAGAAUGGGAAAUGACCAAAAAGAAAAAAGGCUGUCCUGCAGUGACCUUAAUCACUAAAGUGCAGUCAGUCACGAUUUCACUGGAUGUUGUUCUCAGCAUUGUGGUCAAAUCUCGCUGGCCGAUUUUCACCAAAGAAGGCCUCAAAAUAGAUGGCUGGCUGGGAACAAAAGUAAAGAAGGAAUACAAGUGGAAGCCAUAUUAUCUGGUCCCUAAAUAUGAAGGCAGGGGCAGUGUGGAAAACGAUGGUGUUCUUGCAAAGGAUGUUUGGCGGGUUUCUUUCUCUCAUAUUGAGAAGGAUAUCCUGAAGAAUCAUGGAUCAGAGAAGACAUGCUGUGAGAAAGGUGGAGUACGCUGCUGCAGGAAAGACUGUCUGAAGCUCCUCAAGCACCUUCUCAGUUUGCUAAAGGAGAGGGAUCCUUCCUUUGACAAGUUCUGCUCCUACCACGCCAAGACUACACUCCUGCAUGCCUGCUGCUCUAGAUCUAAAGACAUCGACUGGAGAGCCUCAGACCUGAGCCACUGUUUUCAGCUGCUGCUAAAGAACUUUGUAGACUAUUUAGAAAGAGGGGAUCUACCAAACUUCUUCAUCCCGUCUCAGAAUCUGCUCUCGGGUCCAGGACAAAGCAAGUGCAACAACCUGGCCCGUUGUAUCAGGGAGGAACGCGAUAAAGGCUUUCCUAUUUUUAAAUGA